CCGCCCCACGCACCCAACCACCCACUCUACUCCAAUCUUUCCCUUAUUGGUAUUUCUUCGAGAUCUUUUUCCACUCCGAUCCCCCGCUUCUUCGUCUUCAUCUUCAUCUUCUUCGCGCUAGCUGUUGGUUGUAAAACCAGUUGCGAAAAUGGCAAGGAAGAAGAUCAGAGAGUACGACUCUAAGUGCCUCCUCAAGGAGCACCUCAAACGCCUCGCUAACAUCGACCUCCAGAUUCACUCCGCCCAGGUGACGCAAGCAACAGACUUCACCGAGUUAACAAACAAAGAACAGUGGCUUUCAUCCACCAGAUUGGUUGUGAAGCCCGACAUGUUGUUUGGGAAACGUGGAAAGAGCGGCUUGGUGGCGCUGAACUUGGAUUUAGCUGAAGUUGCUGAGUUUGUGAAAGGUCGCCUUGGUGUUGAGGUUGAGAUGGGCGGUUGCAAGGCACCGAUCACCACAUUCAUCGUUGAACCCUUUGUUCCCCAUGACCAGGAAUAUUACCUCUCAAUAAUCUCUGAAAGGCUUGGAUCCACCAUUAGCUUUUCAGAAUGUGGGGGUAUUGAAAUUGAAGAGAACUGGGAUAAAGUUAAGACUAUAUUCCUUCCAACUGAAAAGCCUAUGACAUUGGAGGCUUGCGCUCCAUUGAUAGCUACACUACCCUUGGAGGUUCGGGGGAAAAUUGCUGACUUCAUAAUGGCUGUGUUUGCUGUAUUUCAAGAUCUUGACUUCAGUUUCAUAGAGAUGAAUCCAUUCACACUGGUGAACGGGGAGCCAUAUCCCUUGGAUAUGAGGGGCGAAUUGGAUGACACUGCUGCAUUUAAGAACUUUAAAAAGUGGGGUGACAUUGAGUUUCCGCUGCCUUUUGGAAGAGUCCUGAGCGCAACAGAAAGUUUCAUUCACUCGUUGGAUGAAAAGACAAGUGCAUCUUUGAAAUUCACGGUGUUGAACCCAAAAGGACGCAUCUGGACAAUGGUAGCUGGAGGCGGUGCGAGUGUUAUAUAUGCUGACACUGUAAGAGCUCCGAUUAUCAUACCUAGUAGCGCACCUGCCAUUCUCAUGAUCUCAUAAUAUCAUCUCUGCUGA